AUGGCGAAGGACGGGGUGGCCGCGCUGCCCAAUUUGUCUGCACUCGUCGGGCGGGAGGUGGCGGCGCGGCUCGUGGAGCAGGCUGGUGGUCUGGCGAGUCUCGCCCGCCUCUCAGGCGUGGCCCUUCGCCACCUCGGCCUCGACGCCGCCUCGCAGUUUCAGCGUUCCAGGCACCUUCACGCGGGCGAAAUUGCCGCGGCGCCCGUGUUUGUGGAGUUCUUUGGCGCCGACGAGGUGCGGGCGGACGAUAUGCAGGCAGCGAAGAAGGCAGUUGCCGUGCUGGCCCGCAAGUGCAGCAUUGCCGCCAAGGCCGACCUUGCCGGUGGCCCCGCGACAGGCGCGCUCGGCGCGGCGGAACUCGAAAAGGUGCGGCGCAGCUUUGAGGUGCUGCUGGCGGAGGGGAAGGUCAACGCCACCGACACGCAGGCGCUCCCGGUUCCGCAGGUGUUCGUGCGGGGGGAGGAGGCAAAGAAGAAGCGCGGUGGGCGGCGGGAGUUUCGCAAGCAGCAGGCGCAAAAGGAUGCCCCUAGUGCGCUGGAGCGUGCCGUGUCGCACGUCAAGAUGGGCGUCAGCGAGGAGGAGCAGUUGCAGUCGCUCAUGCAGCGCAGCGAUGUGCGGACGCAGCUUUUGAAGGGGGUGACGAAGGCGCCCGAGCAGCGCAAGCGUCCGCGAGAGGCCGAUACCGAAGAGUAUGACGAUUUGCUGCAAAUACGCCUGUAG